AUGCUGUCCUAUCUCUUCGUGGUCAUCAUCCUGGGGGGCCUGAUUGCGGUACACGAGUUGGGCCACUUGCUGGUCGCAAAGCUGUGCAGGAUUCCGAUCGCGGAAUUCUCCAUCGGGUUCGGACCCAAAUUGAUCGGCCGCCGCUGGGGAGAGACCACCUACCGGAUUUCGGCCGUCCCGUUGGGUGGGUACGUGCUGCCGGCCCUCGAUGAACAGGGGUUUCGCGAACGGCCGGCCACCAGACGCAUUCUGUUUGCCUUGGGCGGGCCAUUCGCCAACGUCGUCGCAGCCUUUGCCGGUUUGCUCGCUCUCGGCGUCGUCGAGUUCGGGUUGAGCGCGGUGAACGCGGCGGUCUUCGCGACGACGCAGUUGUGGACCAGCCUGCAGCAGUUGGCGUUCGCCCUGUCGACCCUCUUCGUCGAUCCGAGCCAGAUCAGCGGCAUCGUCGGUAUCGUGGCGAUCGGUGGCGCUCAGUUCGGAUCGACCGCCGCCGGGCUGCUGUCGUUUUCCGUGUUGAUCAAUCUGAACCUGGCGGUGCUGAAUCUCUUGCCGCUGCCCCCGCUGGACGGCGGCCGCAUACUGUUCUGCCUGCUCGAGAAGGUCUAUCGGCCUCUCGCGCGCAUGCAGACCCCGGUCACCCUCCUCGGCUGGGCGUUCGUCCUGGCGCUGAUGGUCUACGCCACGAUUCAGGACGUGGGGCGAAUCGCGACCGGGAUGUUCGCCUGA